AUGAAUCAGUAUGAUCAGUGGAAUCGUAGAAUUCGGACAAUAUGGUACUGUAGUAGUCUGUAUAUGGAAUAUAAGAACGCUCUGAGGAAAUCUAAAAAAAUGCCAAUAGAGAAAAAAAAUGAAUACUGGGAGAAGAAGCAUGAAGAGUUUGCUACAAAGAUGUUAAAUAAUAUAUAUGAAUUAAGAGGUUGGUGGGUUAAAGUAGGACAAUUUUUAAGUACCCAAGAAAACAUCAUGCCUGUCGCUUAUAUAGAAAAAUUUACUAAGCUGCAGGAUAUGAUGCCUACCUCUUCAUUUGAUAAAAUAGAAAAUAUUUUAAAAAAGGAAUUAGGUAACAUUUAUGAAAUGUUUGAACACAUCGAUAAGGAACCGCUAGCUAGCGCUUCUAUUGGACAAGUUCACAAAGCGAAAUUAAAAAAAUAUGAUAAACAUAUAUGCGAUAUAGAUAGUAGAAAACCUAACGAUUAUAAUGUGAUAAUAAAAAUUCAACAUGAAGGAAUAGAUCAGUUUUUGUCAUCAGAUAUAAGUACUUUAAAAAAAGUGUCUUGGGCAUUUGGAUUAAUAGAUAAGAAUUUUUAUUUUACAGAUUUUAUAGAUGAAUGGCAAGAUUCUGCUUCUAGAGAAUUAAAUUAUAAAUAUGAAUUAUAUCACCAAUUGUUAGCAUAUAACAGUUUUAAAAAAUCAGGAAUUCCUGUAAAAAUACCUAAAAUAUAUUGUGCUCAUACAACAUCUAAGGUAUUAGUUAUGGAAUAUAUUAAAGGAUUUAAAAUAACAGAUACUGAAUUACUUAAAAAAUAUAAUGUGGAUACAUAUAAAAUGGUCUAUAAAAUUAUUGAUUAUUUUGCUUAUCAAAUACAUAAUGAUGGUUUUUUUCAUGGUGAUCCACAUCCAGGAAAUAUAUUAGUUAUGAUGGAAGAAAAGAAAAAAAAAAGAAAAAAGAAAAGAGAAAAUAGUAAUAUAAAAAGUAGUAAAGAUAAAAUUAAUAACUUGAAAAUGAAAAAUGAAAAUAUAUCUAUGAAAAAGAAGAAAAAUAAUUAUAAUAAAAGUAAUAUUAAUUCUAAGAAAAAGUUAAGAAGACAUAAAAAAAAAAAAAAACAAAAUAUAGAAAUAAAUAAAGAAAAAAAAAAUAAAUAUAAUAAUGAUAUAAAUUAUUGUGAAAAUAAAAAUGAGGAUAUAAUAACAAAUAAUCCUAAAUUACAAAAUAAUAGUAGUGAUAUGAAAAAUAUAAUAAAAUUUACAAGCUUCUCUAAAAGCGUAUCUUCAUCGAAUGCUUCAAUGAUAGAUAAUUUUGUUGAUUCAAGAUAUAAUAUUGAUAAAAUGAGAGCUCCUAAUAAUUUUUCUAAUCCUUUUCAUAAAUCUUUUAGUUUUGUUGAUUAUUCACUUAAUCAAGAUGUAGAUUCAGAUAAAAUGAAUCAAGAAGAUUAUGAAUAUAUUUUGAAAGAAAAUAUGAGUGAUGGUUUAGAUCAUAUGAAAAAUUGUCUAUCUAGAUCACAUGAAUAUAUAUCAUGUGAUCAUUCAAGAAGUGGAGUAACAUCUAUUGCGACAAGUAGGAAAACACAAAAUAGGGAUUUUAACAAAGCUAGCGAUAAUAGUAUUAUGGAAUCUAGAGAAACAACAAUGUUUUCUUUUGUGAACAAUAUGGAGGAGUUAGUCAAGAUGAAAACGGAGACAAAUUUGGAAAUACAGGAUAAAGGAAAUGAUAAAAUGGUUAAAGGUAAUGAAAGUAACCAUAAAAAUGAUAAUACAAAAAAUUGUGAUAAUACAAAAAAUUGUGAUAAUAUAAAAAAUUGUGAUAAUACAAAAAAUUGUGAUAAUACAAAAAAUUGUGAUAAUACCAAUAAUGAUGAUAAUAUAUACAAAUCCAAAUGCAAAGAUUCAAAUUUAAAAAAAAGAAAAUAUUCGAAAUACAAUUUUGUACCUGUUAUUAUCGAUUGGGGUUUAAUCAAACAAUUAGAUAGUGUUAUGAAAUUUGCGUUUUGUAAAUUAGUUUAUAAUAUUAGUUGUAUGAAUGUAUUAAAUAUUAUAGAAGCCUUUGAAGAUAUGGGUUUCUGCUUUAAAGAAGAUUUUACAUACGACCCUGAAAUAUAUAUUGACAAUUUAAAAACAUAUUUUUUAAGUAAACUAGAAGAAUCUAAAAUUAAAAGCACUGAAGGAGAAAAGGAAAGUAGUACUGCUAAUACUGUUGAUGAAACGAAUAAAAGUAAGAAUAUGGAAAUAUUAAAAAAUAUUGAAAAAAAAGAUGUUAUUGAUAAAAAUCCAAUAAGUGAUGUGCCUAAAGAUAUUAUAUUUUUUAUGAGAGUUGCAUCAUUAUUACAUGGAUUAUGUACUCAAUUAAAUGUAAAAAUUAAUUAUUUAAAUAUAUUUUCAAGAAGAGCUAAAGAAGCUUUAGAAAAAAUAUAUAUACCUAUAAAUAAUAGUAUACACACAAUACCAAUAGAUAAAUGUCCAAAUACAUAUAUAGAAAAAAGAAUUCAUCAAUUUUUAAAAACAUUAUUUGAAAAAAAAAAAAUAUUAGGAUGUCAAGUAGCCAUUAUACAUAAAAAAAAGUUAGUUGUUAAUACAUGUGUAGGUAUUACAAGUACUACAGAUAAAAGACCUAUAACUAAACAUUCUUUAUUUAAUGGAUAUUCAUUAAACAAAAUUAUUUUAAAUAUAGCUCUUUAUCAUCUUAUUUGUAAUUCAGUGAAUGAACAAACAUCAGGUGAAAGUAUUCUUCUCGGUAUGGAUAAGAAAAAAGAUAAACUCGGUGAAAAGAUAAGUCAAAAAAUUCAAGAAAAAAUAAGUGAAAAGAUAAAAAUUAAAUCCAGUGCAAAGGAAAAAAAUCAAUCCGAUGAAAAGAUUAAAAUUAAGAUAAAUCAAAAGGAUAAGGGUAAAAGUCAAGAAAAUAAUAAGGAAAUAAAUAAUGACAAUAGUAAGGACAAUAAUAAGGAUAACAAUAUGAAUAGAUUAAACGAAAUAAAUAAAAAUAUAAUACAUGCAAAUGACAAAACAUCUAAUAUGAAUGAUAAUAAUAAACCUGAAAAAGACGAACAAGAUGAAGUAGAGGAUGAAGUUGCUGAUGAUAAUAAAACAGACAAUGAAAAUAAUUAUAUUACAGAAAAAUUAAAUGAAAUUAAUAAAAUCGAAAACGAUUAUUUUUCUGCUAAUAUUAAUGAAAAUACAAUUAAAUGUGAAGAGUUUGGUGAGAGUAAGGAUAUAAAUCCUUUAUCUGUUAAUAGUUUUAUAAGUUUUGAUAGUUACAAUAGUUAUAAUAAUAAUGUUAGUUGGAUUAGUAGUAUGAGUAGGAACAGUUACAAGAGUAUGAUUGAAAGGAUAGAGGAUGACAUUCAAUAUAAAGAAAUUAAUGAUGGUGAUAUACAAAAUGAUAGUAAGGUUAGUUGUAUAAGCGAAAGCAAAAAGGAUGAUAAAUAUAAAGGAAAAGAUAAUAUACAUCACACUGAACAUGGUGAACAUCAACAUGAUAAUAAAACUAUUAAGUGUAAUAAAGAUAUAAAGGAGAAUACAAAUAUAUAUCCAAACAAAUCAUAUAAUAAAAUGGAUACUUUAAUGAAAAAGAAACAAAGUUAUAUUGAUGAAAAAAACUUUAUAAAAAGUAUAGAAAGCAAACAAAUACGAAAUUUCAAAAAUAUCAUUAACGAUCAUAUUUGUAAUUACUGGGAUGGUUUUAUAUGUAAUAAUAAAAAAAAUAUAACUAUAAAAGAUAUAUUAACUUUAAAGUGUUUUAUUAAGAAACCUUUCCAUGAUAAAAUAACGCUAAGCAAAUUUAUAGAUUAUGAUCAAAUGAUAAACAUGAUUGAGAAUUCGAAACAUUAUAAGACAUCAGAUAAGACAUCUAAAUAUGGAGAGUAUUUAUAUUUAAUUGAUACAUAUAUUAUAUCUGAGCUAAUACAUAAUAUAUCAGGAUUACAUUAUUAUGAGUAUAUAUAUAAAUAUAUAGUAAAACCAUUAAAUUUGAGUGAAGAAAUGUUCGUACCUAUACCUUCAGAAUUAUUGAAAAAUCAAAAACAAGAAGAUUCAAAAAAGAAAAACGUGAACAAUCAAACUAAUUUAAAUACCAGUGGUGGUACCAAUAUAAAUUUAGAUAAAACAAAAAAAUAUAUAAAAGAUAAAAAAACAAAUAUGACAGAUAAAAAAUCUGUUGUUAUUGAUAAAAAAUCUGUUAUUAUUGAUAAAAAAUCUACUGGAUUAGAUAAAUGGCCUAAUAUGAUGAAGGAUUUUACAUCAAAUACUUUAAAAAAUAAUGAAUACAAAUCAACUUCUUUUAUUGGUGGUAAGAAAUUUAAAAAGUCUAAUACUAUUUCUAAUAUGAUCGAAGAUAUAAAUGAUGAUAUGAAUUUCCAUAUUAUGAAUUCUGAACUUUUAAAGUUUGAAAAUAUUAAUUUAAAGAAUAAAAUAUCCAACAAAAAAAAAAUUUUUGAUAGUAAUGAAAAAAUAUUAUCAAAAAAGAGAAGCAUAAGUGUUGAUGUCUAUUAUUCAAGGAAAAAAAUGAAAGUGGAUUUUGAGAAACGUGAUAAGGAACAAAUGAAGAAUGUUGAUAAAAAUGACGAAAGAGACCAAUCAAAUGAAAAGAAGGAACAACCAAAUGAUCAGAAAGAUAAAAAGUAUGAAGACAUAGGUGAAAGGUAUGAAGACACAGUUGAAAGGUAUGAAGACAUAGUUGAAAAUUUUGAAGACGUAGGUGAAAAAUAUGAAGACAUAGGUGAAAAAUAUGAAGACAUAGGUGAAAAAUAUGAAGACAUAGGUGAAAAAUAUGAAGACGUAGGUGAAAAUUUUGAAGACGUAGGUGAAAAAUUUGAAGAUAUAGUUGAACAAAAUAAUGAUGAUAAUAAUGUAAAAACAAACGAUGUUUAUCAUGACAUUAUAGAAGAGAAAGAAGAUAAUGAAUGUUGUAAUAAUAAAAUUGAAAUAUCAAAGGAUCCUUUAAAUGAAAACCAAUCUAAUAUAAAUAUAAAUAUAAAUAAUAAAAUGAAUAUUUUAAUAAAUAAUGAAAUUAUAGAUAAUGAAAAAAAACUAGAUACAAAUGAUCUUCUUGAAAGUACGUUAAGAAAUAAAGAAUCGUUUAGUUUUAAAAAUAAAUUUUUAAAUCAUGUAGAUAAUUUAAAAUUAAAAACAAAGAAAAUAAAUGAUUCUAUAAAAAAUAUGUAUGAAAAUAAUGAAAAUACUUUUUUGAAAAAUUUUUUCCUUUCACCCAAGAAAAAUGAUAAUAUAGAAAGUAACUUAGAUCAUAAAAAUAUAGAAGCUAAUUGUGUAGAUAAUAAUAUGUGUGAAAGUAAUAGUUUGAAUAAUAGUUGUUACAAUAAUAGUUUUUAUAAUAGCUUUUAUAAUAGUCAUAGUAAUAGUAAGAAUAGUAGUAAAAUAAGAAACUACAACAAUACAGAUAAUAAUCUAAAUAAUAAUACAAAUAAUGAUACUAUAAAUUAUAGUCACAAUGAUAAUAAAAAGAAUAAUAGUUAUAAUAAUAAUAAUAAUAAUAAUAAUAAUAAUAAUAACAUUAUGAUGGGUAACCCUUAUGCUUAUAAUUAUAAUAGCAAUAAAGAUAUAUUAAAAGAAAAUCAUGAUAAAAAAUUUAAUAUGAAUAAAUUUAAUAGAGUAACAUUAUCGAAUCAGAAAGGAACACUUUUUAAGAAUAAAAAAGAUGAGUUAUUUUUAAUUGAAGAAAGAGAAAAAAGAUCACACAGUUAUAGUGACUGCAGAAAUGAAUCACAUAAUGAGAUGAAAAAAUCAUAUAUGGAAAAUAUAAAUAAUAUAAAUAAUUAUAGUAACAGUAGUAUGAAUUAUUUAAACUAUUAUAUUAAUAAUAAGAAGAGUGCAAAUUAUAUGAAUGCUAAUGGUGUCGUCAUAAAAUAUGAUGAUUAUAAUGAUAAUAAUAUAAAUAAUAAUAUAAAUAAUAAUAAUAAUGAAGCCAAUAAUACUAACAAAAUGAGUUUUUUUACAAACACUAUAUUGAAUACUUUUCAAGAUAAAAAUAAUAAGACAAAAAAGAAAAAAGAAGUGAAAUGCUUAAGUAAUGAAGAUAAUUAUUUUUAUAAUUUAGAAGAAAGAAGAAAAUAUUAUAAAUAUAAUUUUGAUAAAAAUAUCAGGAAAUUAUUUGACAAUGUAGAUACAAAAACUAGUGGUGAAGAAUCAGCAAAUAGUGUAUUGAAAGAAAAGUAUAAUAAAUAUCAUAAGAGAAAUAAAAAAUAUAAAAAGCUCUUUGAAUAUAUUAAAGAGUUAAAAGAUCAUAUAAAAAAAACAAGUGAUCAUAUAAGAGAGGCAAAUGAGGCAUUUAUAAGAAAUAUAAAACAAAAGCAACAUGUAGAGAAAAAAUAUGAUGUAGAGAAUAAAACAAUUGAAGAGUGUAAAAUAACUCAGGAGAGUAAAAAAGAUGAAGACAAUAAAAUUAGUGAGGACAAAAAAAUUAGUGAAGACAAAAAAAUUAAUGAGGACAAUAAAAUUAGUGAGGACAAUAAAAAUAUGGAAGAGAAUAAAAAUAUGGAAGAGAAUAAAAAUAUGGAAGAAAAUAAAAUUAUUGAAGAGAAUAAAAAUAUGGAAGAAAAUAAAACUAUUGAAGAGAAUAAAAAUAUGGAAGAAAAUAAAAUUAUUGAAGAGAAUAAAACUAUUGAACAAAAUACAAAUAUUGAAGAGAAUAAAAAUAUUGAACAAAAUACAAAUAUUGAAGAAAAAAUAACAAACGAUGACAAAUACGAAUUUAUUCAAGAUAGCGAAGAACUUAUAAAAAAGGUUACUAAAAAAGAUCAAGAAUUGUUGAAAAAAUUAAUAGAAUAUAAAUACCAAAUAUUAAAAAAACAAAAUAAUAAUCUUAUGAAAAAAAAGAAUAAACAAAACAUAUAUAUGAAUGAUUACUCAGAUAAUAUAGAAAUGUUUAGUGAUACUGAAACAGAUUCUACUAAUUAUUAUGAUCAAGAUGAUACAGAUUAUGAUGAGCAUAUGGUUGAAUAUAAUAAUUAUCAUGAUGAAAAUAAUCCAAAUAUAAAAGAUUAUAUAUUUUAUGAUAAAAAGAAAACUAGAAGAGAAAUGAAAGAGUUACGACGAUUUAAUGAAAGGAAAAAAAGAUUAGAAACAUAUCUAAUUAUGAAUAAGUUAUAUAAUCAAAAUAAAAAAGGAGUUAUUUCAAAAGAAUAUCAUACUAUUAAUAAAAAAACAGAUGUAUAUUGGAGACUAGCAUUUGCAAGAAGAAACAUUAAUGUAUUAGAUAACGUAACACAAGAAGAUCUAAAUAAUCAAUUAGAAAUGUUAAAAUCGAAUGGAAAAGUAUCAAAAAAAGCAACAACUAAUAAUAAAGAAAAUGAAAAUGAAGAAAAAAAUAAAAAUAAUAAAAAUAAUUAUAUGAAUAAUAGUAGUAAUAAUAUAAAGAAUGAUCAAGAGAAAUCAUUAAAUGAAAAUAAAAAUUUUGAUAAUAAACUUAAAAUGUAUGUAGAUAAUUUUAAUAUUAAGCAAUAUAAUAAAUAUAUAUCAUUAUUCCAAUUAAUGCAUUCAAAACCAUAUAUUCUGGAUCCUUUAAUUUAUGAUUCUAAAAAAAUACUAGAUAAAUUUAUUCCAAUAAAUGGUAGAUUUACUGCUAAGGCAUUAUGUAAAUUAUUUGCAUUUGUUAAUAACCAAUUUUUUUUUCCAUCAUAUAUUAUUAAUAAAAUAAGAAAAAAAUAUACUAUCGAUAAAAGUAUAGAAGCUUUAAUAUUAACUGGAGCUAUGAGUAGAACAUGGGGUAUGGGAUUUCAACUUUUUGAAUGUGAAUAUAAUGCUGAUAUUAAUGAUGAAUUUAAUUUAUAUAAAAAAAAAAACAAAAACAAAUAUAAAACAAAAAAUGUAUCUUCAAAAAAAAAAAAAAUUUAUAAUAAAAAAAAAAAAAUUGUAGGAUAUGGACAAUCAGAUUUUUCAGGAUGUUUGGCUUUAUCAUUUCCAGAAAUUGAUUUAUCUAUAACUAUACUUUUAUCUGACAUAUUUAAAGGAGCAGAUGUCUGUCAUCUCUUAUUAGAAUAUAUAUUAAAAUUGUAUGGACUGAAACCUCAAUGGAAAGUGCCUAUAGAAAUGUCUGAACUUGUCAAAGCUUUUUGA